GAGAGCCAAGAAGAGAUGAAGAACAAAUUCUGUCGUAGUACAAUUUCAACUUCUGGUCUAGGGUCAUUAUUUCAAUUAGCAUUUCUUCGCCAAUUGGAGGAGUCAUCUGGUAUUUCUCAUUGGGAGAAUGACAAAGAAGCAACUAUACUUCGUCUUGGAUUUGUCAAGCCUGAAGUACUAAGCUGGUCUCCAAGGAUAAUUCUUUACCGUAACUUCUUAAGUACAGAGGAAUGUGAUUAUCUCAGAGCAAUUGCGAGACCCCGUCUUCAGGUUUCUACUGUUGUAGAUACCAAAACAGGGAAGGGAAUUAAGAGUGAAGUUCGUACAAGUUCCGGUAUGUUCUUAAGCUCCGAGGAGAGAAGAUAUCCAAUAAUACAGGCUAUUGAAAAGCGGAUUGCUGUCUUCUCACAAGUCCCUGCUGAUAAUGGAGAGCUCAUUCAAGUCCUUCGGUAUGAACCAAAUCAAUAUUACAAACCACAUUAUGAUUACUUUUCUGACUCAGUAAGUUCUUAUACCUUAAUACUUCAUUAUAUCAUUUUUUUUUUCAUUGUCUUUAUAUGCAAUGCACUGGUAAGACAUACUGCAUAUAAUGUGGAAUUGUGGAUGCAGUACAACUUAAAGCGUGGAGGACAGCGAAUAGCAACAAUGCUCAUGUAUUUAACUGAUAAUGUUGAAGGGGGUGAAACACACUUUCCCAAGGCUGGAGAUGGAGAAUGCAGUUGUGGAGGGAAGAUGGUGAAAGGGCUUUGUGUAAAGCCCAAUAAAGGAGACGCAGUGCUCUUCUGGAGCAUGGGAUUGAACGGGGAGUCGGAUCCAAACAGCCUUCAUGGAGGAUGUGAGGUUCUGAAAGGAGAGAAGUGGUCGGCGACGAAGUGGAUGAGGCAGAGAACUAGCUACUGAUUUCUCAUUACAUUUCCCAUACCUAUUUUUGGUGGUCAUUGAGUAGAAGAAUUUUCAAGGUUAUGAGCAGUGUAAAAAUGUCCUUAAAUGUAUCUGUCAUAGAAACACUGGUGAGUUAAUUAACCUUUUUUUUAACUAAAGAAACAGGAAGACAUCAUACUUAAUGGAAAAAAGAUAGGGUAUAUUAUCACUUGAGAUUAUUUCGAAA